AUGGGCACCGGCACCGGAUGCUUGUACGCGUGCGCCCCCUUCACGCUCAUCGUCUCCAUCCUUCUCUUCAUGCUCUCUGCCAUGCUCCGCAACGGCAACUGGACUUUCGCGGUUCUAGCUGCGAAGCAUAGCUGGGACGCGGAAGCAAAAUCGCGCUGCUGCCGCAACGGCGGCUUCAUGUACCUUUUCAUCUCCAUCGUGCUCUGGGUGCUGGUGGUCAUCGACUCGUUUCUUAUCCAGCUAAAGAAACUGCCAACCUCUACCUCCAAAUGGUGGCGGCAGCGUCGUCUACCCAGCUUGCGCGAGCUGAUGCGUACACGGCACACGGCGUCGGAGACGGACGGCGUGUACCACGCCACGGACGCCAUUCUGAUGACGACGACACCGGUCGCAGCAGUCAGGACGGCCGUCGCGAAAUCUCCGCAGCCUUCAGCUCUUUCGGCGUUCGCGCUUCCUUCCACGGAGGCGGCAUCGCCUCCGAGCGUCAUAAUGACAGGUGAUCUCGUGGCAGCGGACGACUCUCGAAGAAAGACGAGCUCAGCUGGUUCCGCGAGAGCCGAAGCAGGCCGCACGGGUUUUGUGCUCUCAUGCCUUUCAUCUUCGGCGAUGGUAGGGGCCCCUGUGGGUGCCGCAGUAAACAUCAGCUCUGCGAAACCGCUGUCGUCUGCUGGGCAGGCCUAUGCAAGAUUUGCUCGUGGGGAAGCGCAGGGCCGCCAGCCCUUGCUAGUAAGUGCCACUACGUCGGCUGCGACCAGCGCGCAGGAAGUGGAGUACUUGCUACCGUAG